AACAGAUGCAGCUGAUCCCGUUUCAGCAGAGCAAGAGGAGUCCGAGCUUUGCAUCGUCAUUGUCGGAAAGUCCGGGGUUGGCAAAAGCGCGACCGGGAACACCAUCCUUGGGGGAAAGAGGUUUGACUCCAGGCUUGAAAUGACCCCAGUUACAAAGUCUUGCCAGUUAGGAAUAAGAGAGUGGAACGGGAAGAGGGUAGUUGUCAUUGACACGCCUGCGAUUUUUGACUCUGAUGGACCCAAAAAUUCUACUGAGAUUGAGCACUGCCUACGUCUCUCCAAGCCCCGUCCCCAUGCUCUGGUUCUGGUCGUCCCAGUGGGCCGAUUCACAGAGGAAGACCACCAGGUGGUUCAGCGGGUGAGGAAGACAUUCAACAGUAGCGACCAAUGCAUGGUGGUUGUCUUCAGCCACAAAGAAAGGUUGCGGAAUGAAAGAUUGGAAGAUUACAUAUCUUCCACGGACAACAAAAACUUUCAGGAACUGAGGGAUCAGUGUGACGGACGGUUUUGCAGUUUCAACAACAAUGAAACAGGAGACGAGCUUGCAGCCCAAGCCGAGGAAUUGCUCUCCAUGAUUGAGAAGAAGAUGGCAGAGAAGAAUCAAGGCCAUCCUAGGAUGACAUCAAACAAAGUUGCUGAGGCAAACGCAUGAAGAACGCGGCAGCGGCGCAUGCUCCGGUUAUCUCCCACUUGGACUACUGCCAUGCGCUCUACGUGGGGCUCCCUUUGAAGGUGACUCAGAAACGACAACUAAUCCGGCAGAAUGCGGCAGCCAGAAUGGUGACUAGGGACAUUUCAGGUGCUCCAAUAAAUGAAGAACACAGCGGCCAGGGUUUUAACUUGCGCUGCUCACUUGGAAAAAGCAUCACUAUCCAAAUCUGAACCCUUUCCUAAGCGCUGGGGUUUACCUUUAAGAACUUGGGGCUCGAAGGCACGGAGAAGGUCAUCCAAGGUCAUCCAAGGAGGCCCUUCUUCUCUUUAUGCCUUCCCUGCUAAGAACGUGAGAAGAGCCCUGCAGGAUCAGGUCCAAAGAGGCAGUCCAGAAGCCUCUUCCCAGAUGCGCCCAAAUGACAAACAGCAUCAUGGGCUUUGCCUCAAUGACUGGGGGCAGCAAUGUCUCUGAAUCCUGGUUUCUGGAAGCCACAGGAGGGCAAAGGGCUCAUGUGCUCAGAUCCUGCUUGCUGGUUCCCUACAGGCCAGAGGGUUUCAACCUUUCUGAGUCCAUGGCUCCCUUGACCAACUACCUUUCUUUCUGCAGCUCCCCUGUGGGGCUCAGGAGCCCAGUUAGGCCACCCCUUGCCUGCAAAGCUGGCAGCCCCUCACCCAUUUUCAAACACCCUUCCUUGUGGAGGGUUACCUCAGAUCCCUCUCCCCUCUUCUUGGGAGUCCUCUGGGCAGCCGCUGCUGCUGCCCCUGGUCUCUGAGCUGCCACCCCUCGCCCCAAAGAGAGGUGCCUCCUCACCCUGACCCACAGGGGCCUGGGACCUGUCUGUCCAUUCCCAACAGCAAGGGCUGGUGGACUGGCUGGCUGGGCUCCCUCACUCACUCACUCACUUACUUGCUUACUCCGAGGUUGCCUCUGCUCCUAGCAACCAGCACCCCCUGGCCAGCCCCAGAGGGACCUUUUGCCUGGGGAGCUUGUAGCCAGGGCUGCUGCAGCAAACAGCCACACGAGCCUUUGGAAGGCAGAGACAAGAGAGGGCAUUUGAGAAGGGAGGGAAGGAAAGAGGGACAGAGGCCAGGGUUGCCAGCGGCACCCCUGACCCUCCUUCAAGGCACCCCAGGGUGCCACGGCACACUGGCUGAAAACCCCUGGCUAAGGCAAUUGGUUGCCCAUUGUGAGAAUGGAAUGCUGGACUUACAGCCAUAUCCCAUGAUGGACUUGCAGCUUAACAGGAUAGGCCCCUCCAUCCAUCCUGCUUGCCUUGUUGUUGUUGUUGUUGUUUAGUCGUGUCCGACUCUUUGUGACCCCAUGGACCAGAGCACGCCAGGCACUCCUGUCUUCCACUGCCUCCCGCAGUUUGGUCAAACUCAUGUUCGUAGCUUCGAGAACACUGUCCAACCAUCUCGUCCUCUGUCGUCCCCUUCUCCUGGUUCCCUCAAUCUUUCCCAACAUCUUUUGGGUCUUUUCCAGGGAGUCUUCUCUUCUCAUGAGGUGGCCAAAGUAUUGGAGCCUCAGCUUCACGAUCUGUCCUUCCAGUGAGCACUCAGGGCUGAUUUCCUUCAGAAUGGAUAGCUUUGAUCUUUUUGCAGUCCAUGGGACUCUCAAGAGCAGGCACCCCCAAACUUCGGCCCUCCAGAUGUUUUGGACUACAAUUCCCAUCUUCCCUGACCACUGGUCCUGUUAGCUAAGGAUCAUGGGAGUUGUAGGCCAAAACAUCUGGAGGGCCGCAGUUUGGGGAUGCCUGCUCAAGAGUCUCCUCCAGCACCAUAAUUCAAAAGCAUCAAUUAUUCGACAAUCAGCCUUCUUUAUGGUCCAGCUCUCACUUCCAUACAUCACUACUGGGAAAACCAUAGCUUUAACUAUACGGACCUUUGUUGGCAAGGUGAUGUUUCUGCUUUUUAAGAUGCUGUCUAGGUUUGUCAUUGCUUUUCUCCCAAGAAGCAGGCAUCUUUUAAUUUUGUGACUGCUGUCACCAUCUGCAGUGAUCAAGGAGCCCAAGAAAGUAAAAUCUCUCACUGCCUCCUGCUUGCCUUAUCUUCCCUUUAUUUACCUUCUCUCUGUUACCACCAUCCUGUCAAUCUGCGGAGUAAAAACUU